AAACAGGAACUCGAGUCUGCACAUAUCACAGUCAACGAGUUCCGCCUGUCACAAGAGACAACAACAGACUCGGCUCCAAAGUUCAAAAUGUUUAAGUGUUUAAAGAUUAUUAUUAUUAGUUUUCUCAUUACAGUCAUACUGCUAUUUACCAUAGCAUCUAUCAGGACCUUUUCACUGGACGUAAAUGUCGGACUUCAACUCGCAAAUUGGGAAAAGACUAACAACAUUUCACUUGUAAUAGACCACCACCAGAGAGAGGAGCUUCUUGCACAUUUUAAAGAGGCUAUCCGGAUCCCCACAGUGUCAUUCUCAGAGAAGGAGAGCAACGCCACCGCACUACGUGAAUUUGACAGGUUCCUCCGAAAAGCCUUCCCAACAGUUUUCUCUUCAAGCUUGGUUCGUCAUGAAUUGGUGGCAAACUACAGCCACCUGUUUUCAGUGCAAGGCUCACAGGCUGACCUGGUGCCAUACCUGCUGCUGGCCCACAUUGAUGUAGUACCUGCCUCAGAAUCGGAUGGCUGGGAGGCCCCACCAUUUUCCGCCAAGGAGAUAGAUGGCUUUAUCUAUGGUAGAGGGACCAUAGACGAUAAGAGCUCUUUAAUGGGAAUACUUCAGGCAUUGGAGUACUUGCUGAUAAAAGGCUAUGCUCCACGCAGAGGAUUUUACGUUGGUCUUGGUCAUGAUGAAGAAGUCAGUGGUUACAUGGGGGCAAUGAACAUAGUGCGUGUACUGAAGCAGAGAAGUGUGCAGCUGUUGUUUGUCCUGGACGAGGGCCUGGCUGUACUUGAUGGAGUCAUCAGUGGUCUGGAAGGACCUGCUGCACUAAUUGGGAUAAGUGAAAAGGGUUCAGCCACUGUGAAGCUUAGUGUGUCUAUGCGCCCUGGUCACUCCUCAAUGCCUCCCAGUGAGUCCAGCAUUGGGGUCUUGGCUGCAGCAGUCAAAAGACUAGAGGAAAACCCUAUGCCAAGAUUAUUUGGUCAUGGGCCUGAACGUGGAACAUUUGAGCAUCUGGCGCAUAAGUUUGGGCUCCCAAUGAAGUUCAUAAUGUCAAACUUGUGGCUGUUCGCCCCACUACUGGGCAGGGUACUUGAAAGAAAACCAGACACUAAUGCUUUUGUAAGGACAACCACAGCAGUCACCAUGUUUAAUGCAGGAGUUAAGGUGAAUAUCAUCCCUGCCCUCGCAGAAGCUUAUGUAAAUCUGCGAAUCCACUCAGCACAUUCAUUACAAGAGGUUCUGGACCUAAUCCAGUCUGCAGUGGGGGACCAACGAGUGAAGAUAGAGCUUGUUAAUGGGUUUGACCCUCUGCCUGUAAGCUCUGCAGAUGAAAAGUCCUUUGGCUUCCAGAUCAUUAAGAAAACUGUGCUGGACACGUUUCCAACAGUUACAGUUGCUCCAGGUAUCUGUAUUGGGAACACAGACAGUCGGCACUUCAAAGACCUGACAAAUGAUAUUUAUCGCUUUGCCCCUAUCUGGUUUAAACCAGGUGAUGCUCAGAGAUUCCAUGGCAUCAAUGAACGGAUUUCCAAAAAGAACUACGAGGAACUUAUAGAAUUUUAUUUCAGUUUGAUUCAAAACUCUGACAUUAAGAAGCUCCCUGAGCCCCACAGCUCUGUCCAUGAACUCUAAGGAAUAUACAAUAUCUCUAACAAGUCUGACGCAUUUCAUAUUUGCAAUUCGAAAGCCUGUGUUAUAUCUAGUCUGUAUAAUUUCAACAGCAACCAACAGGACCUUGACUUACUGCAUAGUCACCAAAAUUUGAAACAAAAUGUGAUUCUGCUUUUUAGAACCAGAGGGUUGCAUUUACAGUAAACAACAGAUGCCGUUUAAUCUUGUUUGAUGACGUACUGUUUUCACUUUGUUGCGUUGCAUUGAUCACAGCAUAACUAUUUAAAGCUCCUUUGCAUUUCUGAUUUAAGAUUUUGCGGAAGACUGCUGUGAUGAUUUUUGGAUGUAACAAUGGUAUCAUUUUAUUUAGAACAGAUUUUUGUUUGGCAGCUUAUAAUACUGUAUUUCUUAAAAUAAUGAUGGUUCAUAUAACUUUAAUGAAAAUUGCUGCAUACAUGUUUUUCUUCUGCUCAUGACAGACAUUAUAAAAUUAGGCUUUUUCUGUGAAAAUGCUGAAGGGGGAUAUUUAAUUUUUUUUUUUACUGACUAUUUAAAAAGAAUUGUAAUUUCAAUUUGCACACAAUUUCUUAGACAGGCAUUGUUUAAAAAUACAACACAAUUUUUAAUGAUAUGCUUGUUGUCAUGUGAUAUCUUUUAUUUAAUGCUGGACAUAAUACAAAAUCAAUUUUUCCCAAAUGUAUUUGAUUUUAAGAAACAAAACAAAAUGUUACUAGUUUACUCUCAGACUUGUGCUAACUAUAAGGCAUUCAACUAAACAACACGUUAUAUAUCAAGAGCUUGACAAUAGCCUAAAGCAACCAUAGAAGACAACGCUUUCUUAGUGAAGAA